AUGCAGCGAUUUACUUGGUGUAAGCGCAGCGAGGAGCUCAAUUGGCAGCUCCUAAGCGCCUGUAACUUGUCUGAUGUCCUUCAUAAAGGUGAUCCCGCUGUGUUGGAGCCGUAUGCACUGCACGUGACGUUUGCUCGUCUGCCUGCAUGUGUAAAAGCCUCACGGACUCGCGACGCUUGGUUCCUCGUGCACGUUCUACAGCUAUCAAUGGAAUAUCUGCUCUCUAUGCGUGCUAAAGACGGCAAUGUGUUGAAACAUCUGAGUAAAGAGCUGCAGCAAGUUGAGACAGAGCGAGAUAUAUCGCUUCGGAGCUCUCAAAAGUGGAAGGCAAAGGCGCGUAGUGGUGACGAGCAAGUGAAAAAACUCUAUCAUGUGCUGCAAAAAAUUGCUGAUUUAUUGCAGAUCCACGGGGCUUCAUCGUCGGCAGUGGAUGUUAUUGCAACAUUGCUAACGGAGAUGGUAUUGGAAAGACGAGCAAAGAAAAACGGACGAGUAAUGAGCGAAGAUAACGAUGAUCACUGUGCAAUCGAUGAGAGGUUGAGACCGAUUGAGCAUAAAAAUCAAGCCUGUGAGUUUUGUGGACAAUUGUUUUCGUCAGUGAAGUUUUUGGAGGAACAUCUUGUAAGACGGCAUAGUGAAGAAGAUGUGAAAGUGAAGACGCCGGUAAAACAUAAGAUGAGGCAAAACGUUGGUGAAGAUAGGGAAGAUACAGGCAUUGCGGCGGCGGUGUCGGAAGCUACGAUGCAGAAACUGGUGCAACGAGUGGAGCGAGUGCUGCAGGAACAAGAAGUAAACCUACGGUCGAUUGCCAAAGGGGUACAGCAACAGAUUAAGCAAAUAUACGAUCAUCUAGAUGCUGAUCCAAAGCUAGCAGACCGAUAUAGAGCUUCUCAGUCGAAAGCUUACCUAUGCCAUGAAGAAUUGCAACGUAAGCUGGGUGAAGUCUUUCUGCAAAAGAAAAAGGCUGAGGAGGAGCUAGCUGGUUUAACGAAACAGAUUCAGUUUCUCAACAUGAAGAUGAUGAUGAUGAUGAAAGCUAUGACUAAGAUAGGUUUGCCUAACAAAAGUGAUGGUGACGAGAUGGAGAUCAACGACUUACAGCUGACGCUUGGAGCGAUAAACGCUGACCUAGAAGCCUCACGAGAGGAACUGGAGACAGUUCAGGCCUCACAUAUUUCAUCUCAAAGGAGCAAAAAGGAACUAGCAGAUACGGUCGCUGUGUCACACAAGGUUUAUGCUGUUAUGCAGCGGGACCAAAGUUCUCAAACUUGGCUACCUGUGGUGACAAGUAAGGCUGUGCAAAGCGACGAGAUCAGUAGCUCGAAGGAAUACUCGGGCGAGGUACUAAUUAAAUUGUGUACCCCAAUGCUUAAGGACGAAGGAACAGACCCUUUGGCUUUGAUUUACGAAGAUGUGGGUAUUCAAACAGUUGAUUUCGUGGCGCCAUCCCUGAUAGAUGAGGAAGUUCAGAUAGACAUUAAGAGCGACUUAGAUUCCACACUGACACCAGCAGCCAGUCCCAUAGCCCUUCGACUGUUCUCUCAAGAAUUAGUCAAAGCUAGCAAGACUGCUAAACAUGCUGCAUCUCCUGUCUCUGAUGUACUGGAACAUGAUAAGCGACAGAUUAACAGACAAGAUCUCCUUGACAUUAUAGCUGAACGUGCGCAAAGGGCGGCAAGCAAGGCAGCAAGUAACUCUCAAGAUCCGAAGAAAUACAGCUCCAUCCCUCAACACAAGUAUGUUCGAAGUCGAUUCCAGCAUGAUGAGGAUCUUGUCAAGAAACGCAUAGCUGAUUGCCUCUUGCAGCUUGAGCAGUCUACCUGUCGGUAUGACGUACCAGCACAAAGCGCACGCUUGUCAGAGGACAACGUCCAGAUUGUCCAACAAGCUCUUCACGGCCACUUGAAAGUGCUGCCAUUUGAAGUUUUGAAGAAGAUGGUAGACUGUGAAAAUACAGCUAAUGCGCUUGUUGCGAAGGAGUGGGAACCAAUCAAGAAAACGCACCUACAAGCGCUGGAGCGACAUAAGUUGGAAACCCGUUCAAACCCAGAGAGUGGCCAAGAUUUGGUGCGACAGGCUUUGGCUACUUUUGGGACUUUGACGAAAACAGCUUCACUGACUGGUACCAAAAGUAGUGGAAAUGUGUCUGCGGCUUAUGCUGAAAGGCUUGCCAGUAAGGAGACGCUAUCCAUAUCUCACGAAAGAAAAUCGCAUGACAACAGGAUCCAAGACGAGUCUACCGACAGUAUAAUGGACUCAGUGAGGAUGCCAGCCCGCCGAUAUUCGUCAAAUAACCAGCUUACUAUAAUUGUUGGAGAAGACACUAUAUCAAACGGCGUAAGUGAUGACUUCGAGAAAAGUCAAGUGUCUUCACCAACUGGUAAUGACGACUGUGUCCCUGAUUUUCUGACACUUGGUAGCAAAGGGGAUUUGUCCGACGUUGCGAGAAGCAGGUUGUUAUUUGAUGUGGGUAGUCUGUGCGGCGGCAACGAGAUACCAAAUCAGAGAAGCAACAUUGCAGAAUAA